UCACGAGCCAAUGGGCAAACGCGGCUCAUGAAUAGUGAGCACCGCUCCGCCCCGCCCUCCGCGACACCGCCCGCGCGCAGACCCCGAGCGCGGCCGGCGAAGAUGGCGACCGCCAUGUACUUGGAGCACUACCUGGACAGCAUCGAAAACCUUCCCUGUGAACUUCAGAGGAACUUCCAGCUGAUGCGGGAGCUGGAUCAGAGGACAGAAGAGUCGGCUGUUACCCCGGUGACAUGUGGUGUGUCCUGGGUGGGGGCCAGCUUCUUACCUGUGUCUCUGCCAGAUAAGAAAGCGGAGAUUGACAUGCUGGCAGCAGAGUACAUUUCUACUGUGAAGACUCUGUCCCCGGACCAGCGUGUGGAGCACCUGCAGAAGAUCCAGAGUGCCUACAGCAAGUGCAAGGAAUACAGCGAUGACAAGGUGCAGCUGGCCAUGCAGACCUAUGAGAUGGUGGAUAAGCACAUCCGGAGGCUCGAUGCAGACCUGGCUCGCUUUGAGGCAGACCUGAAGGACAAGAUGGACGGCAGUGACUUUGAAAGCUCUGGAGGCCGGGGGUUGAAAAAAGGUCGGAGUCAGAAAGAGAAAAGAGGCUCCCGUGGCCGAGGCCGGAGGACAUCAGAAGAAGACACCCCAAAGAAGAAGAAGCAUAAAGGAGGAUCUGAGUUCACUGAUACCAUCCUGUCUGUGCACCCCUCUGAUGUGCUUGACAUGCCUGUGGACCCCAAUGAGCCUACGUACUGCUUGUGCCACCAGGUGUCCUAUGGGGAGAUGAUUGGCUGUGACAAUCCAGAUUGUCCAAUCGAAUGGUUUCACUUUGCCUGUGUGGACCUCACCACGAAACCCAAAGGAAAGUGAACCUCUUGAAGACCCACAUGCGGUCAGUGCAAGUGAGUUAUCCUCUGGUGUUUGGUACAAGGACUGUAGAGGGAAAGUGGGGGUGGAUGACAUAUUGUGCCAGGCUCCUGCCCUGUUACGGUGGUACGAGCCCUCUUGUGGGGGCACAGGUGACUGUGGUACCUAAUCCCAUGUGUGUGGUGCUGCUGGAGUCUCCAAGAGAAGUAGUUCAGCCUCCUCCAUGCUGGAAACUGUAGGACAGCAUGUGCCAUGUGCAGCCAGUAGAGAACACAGCAGUUUGUUUGUGGCUUUUCUCUCUUUUUUUUUUCCCCUUUGUGGUGCUGAGAAUGGAAUCUAGAACUGCGUGCUAGGAAGGCUCUACCCUGAGCUGUACCCCAGUCCUCUGACCUGUUAUAGAUCAUGCGAGUGGGCAUCUCCCUGGCAGUGAGACAGCUCCUUGCUAACACAGCCGCCCACAGGCCUGCACCUCCUUCUCCCUGCACUGGAAGCCUUGCCUACAGGGGUCUCUCGAAGUGAUGUUAGUGAGCAUCCCCUGCACAGGGAAUGCAACAGUUCUUGUAAUGUCCCUGUGUGUCAUGAGCAGCUCCAGAGCUUAUUCAACCUAGAGCACUAGCAGCCUUUGUGAGUUGUGCAGGUUGCAGGGCCCAGCCCAGCUGAGCCAGGGGCCUGGGAUUGAGGUUCUUGGCAUGUCCAGCUCGACUGGGUGCAUCUCCACAGUGGCAUAGUAACCCAGUGCCCAGCUAGCCAGGGAGGACCAACUAAUCCCCUUGAUCACAAGUAAGGUAGUCGUGCCUACUGUUUUGACAUCUGUCCUCCAGCCCUGUCUCUCCAGUCCACCUGUUUUGGACCUAGUGGCGGAGUCUGGUGGCCGUAUUAGCAGGGGGGUUGCAGAGGCCAACCCUUGUGUUUUUUCCCCAGGUUCUGUCCACGGUGUGUUCAGGAAAAGAGGAAGAAGAAGUAAGGAAGACUGCCCGUGUGCCCAGGUCGAAGAGCAAGUUAAUAUAUUCCUUCAUUCAUGUUGCAAUAUUUUCUUUCAUUUUUAAAACUACCUUGUUUUGACUGAUAUUUAAGAACUGAGUGGCCAGUCGUAAUUCUGGAUAUUUCCUAAAACAAGAAACUACCGCCCUGUGGGCACUUGUGAACUUGGGCAGCCAGGCGUCAUGCAUAUUGUAACCUGGUACACUGCCACCACUCUGCCUCUCCACUGGAGUGGCCUCUGUGGUUCUCUGGGACCAUGCACAGAUCUCUGAGAGCACACCUAUCAUCCCUGAGCCGACCUGACCAUUAGACUAGGCCCUUGCCAAGGCCACUGCUGCCGUCCUGGCCGGGCUGCCUCUCCUGGGAGGAGGUAGCCUUGCCCCACCACGCACUGCCUCUUUAGCGUGGACUCUGGCUGCCAUGCUUUGCCAGAGUAAGCGCUCCUGUUAGCCCAGGCUGUUGUUUACUGUGACCAGCACCACCACAUGGUGUCCUGGCAGCCAGCUGACGUUCCUUCCGUUUUUCUGGGAAUCCCUAAUGUUUUUACUGUGAAGAUGAAAUUAGUGUAACUGCAUGAAAAUUGUGGGUCUAUGUGUCUGUGAUGUGAGUCUGUCUCCUGGGGGCUGACUUUGGAACUUGUGCUGCCCACUGCCAGGCCUGCGGCUUUCCCCAAGAGGAUGACAGUUCUGCAGCCUGGUGGGUGGCUGCUGUGUUUGGAAAUGGUUCUGGGCUGAAGUGAGGAAUCCAGAGUAUACUAUUUAGUGACUGUUUGCCAAACUAGUGUUGGGGUAGCUUUGGUGAAGUUGGGGAACAUACACACAUUUGAUCUGAUGAAGUGUGUUGCAAUAGUCCUUCCAGUGUGGCCUCUGAGACACCCGUAGUCUGAGAUUCACUUGUAUACUCACCAUCCACGGUGCCAGAGAACCAUGGAAAAGUGUUUCUGUCCUCAGUGGGGGUAUGCACUAGUUUCUUGGAUAGCCACCUGGGUAAUGUCUCGCCCUCAUUCUGGUGUUCCACUGAGGACAGGAGAUGGCAGGAAGGUAUUGUGCAGGGUCCCCUCAUGGUGCUGUACUGUGUUUGGCCCAUGCUCACAGAUGAGGAUAGGCCCUCAGAAGACCUGUGGCUGGGGAGUCCAGGCUUGUGUUCUCAGCACAGAGACCUUGCACACAGUCUCCAGAGUAACCCUGGGCUGGGCUCACCCUGCUUUGGGGCAGUGGGUUGCGGGUGAUGACCUUGCCCAGGUGUGUGUGCUGGACAGGUAGGUGGGCAGUGGAUGGUUGAUGGUGGUCCCAGCUCAUCCCUGUGGGAUCCACCGAACAGAAGUAGCUUCCUAAAUACCCCAGCUAACCUCGGAGGAAGAGGACUGCUUAGUCUUAGCCAGAGCGCUGAAAUGAGAGAUGCAUUUUAUUUUGUAACUUAGUUUGUAUGUUUUGUUUAUAUGCUUUGUUUGCAGUACUGGGGAUUGAACCCAAAGAGUGCUGAGCUAUGUCCCCAGCUGUCUUUCAAAUUUUUAAUUUUGGGACAGGGUUUCUCACUUAAGUUGCUCAGGCUGGGCUCUUGCCUCAGCCUCCCAGAAUGCUGAGAUUAUAGCCAUGUACCACCAUGCCUGGCUAUAAUUCUAUAAUUUAAUGUUCUUUCCUUUCCCUUCCUUUCCUUUCCUUUCCCUUUUCCUUUCCUUUCCUUUCCUUUCCUUUCCUUUCCUUUCCUUUCCUUUCCUUUCCCUUCCUUUCCUUUCCCUUUCCUUUCCUUUCCUUUCUUUUCCUUUCCUUUCCUUUUUUUUGGGACACAAGGGUUUAAAUAUUGUGGAGAAAGAAUUUUUUUCUUCUUUGUUACUUUUUAGUGCCGAGGGGUGCUAGGGAAUCCACUGAAGAUUUUUUUGUGUUUCUGUUUACUGUUGUGUGAGGCAGCUUGUGAGGCAGAUCAGAUACUGCCAGAUAGUUGCCCCAGCUGGCUUAGCACCUGCAUGUCCUUCUACAAUGCACCACUCACAAUCAGUGGGUGAACAGCACUUCUGUUGAAGUCCUUGGAGACAGGUGGCACUCUGCCCCGGAGAGAGGGCUUCUGUGUUGCCUAUGUGUGGCACAGCCUGCUUGCCACUGUGCAUGGUCUGUGUUGACUUGGCCUUUCAGAAGUUUCUGUGCUUAGUUUUAUUAUUUAUUUUUGCCAGUUAUAUCAUUAAAACAACAUGCGUCUACCUUUGGAAAGGACAUAGAAAAUACGAACAGAACAGGAACACUCCCUGGAAUGUUGUUUGACCACACCUAUCUUGUUGUUGCUGUUCUGAGCAUGGGACAGACCCUGGAAUGGGCCUGGCUCAGCUGGGGCUGGUGCUGUAUGAGUGCUGCUCCACAGGACUGGUGGCCCCAUCCUUGGGUCCUAGCCUUGGACCCCAGACCUGCCAGAUGGGUCUUUCCUCUUAGAUGGCGAUGGAGCUUAUUCUGGUUCUUCGACUAAAAGACCCUGCAUGCCACUCUGGUAUGGGAUCCCCCUCUGAGGAAUGCUUUGCUCCAAAGAAGAUGGAUCACUCUGUCUGUAGUUUGAGGAAUUCCUCAUUUUCUUGGAAAAACGAAGCUGCAUUGAAGAAAAGGUUCAACUGAUCCCUCAGAUCUGUAAUUGCCAGAACAGUAUCAGCUGGGCUGAUGCGUGGCAGGGAAGUGCCACUUGCUCCUCACCUGUCCCUUGGAGCCCUUCAGGAUCCAUCUUGGUCUUGAGCAGUGAUGCUGUCCAGAAAGCAGCUUCGCCUUGGAUCCUGUUGUCAGGUAUCUGCCUUGUCCUGGGUGUGACCGUGAGGGAGCAAUUGAUGUAAGACAUUCUUGGGUGUUUAGUGACAAGAUUGCCUGUGCUGAGAGGAAGUCUAAGCAGAUGCUCCCUAGCAACCCGUGAAGUUCUUGGUGUGUACUUUGUGGUGUCCUCUACCAUAUUUCAUCCAAAAAUAUGAUGCAGCUUUAACAUGAAUGUCAUGUUUUAUUUUCAAGAAAUUGUUAUCUAUGACCCCUUUGUAAAAAAAAAGAUACUAUUGUAAAUCUUUUUAUUAAAUAAUGUAAAGAUGUAUAUCUGUAUUUUUGGAUCAUGUUAUAGAUUAUGGAUAUAUUGUUUAAUAAAUAAAGUAUUUUUUGGAUCAAA